UGGCUUUACGAAGUAAGAACCGACCGGUCCGCUUUGCACUUAGCCGACCUCCCUUUAUCACCGUACCUCCACGAAAGCAAAACCCUUCCUUUCUUGUUCUAAAACCUCUCUCAAUCUACACAAACAAAGUUAAGAUGAUGUUAGUAAGAAAUAGAAUCAUCGGGUCUCUCAGCAAUAAGGUGGUUAGAGGCCAGGUGUCUUUGUUGCACAAUUCAACCUUCUACUUGUCUUGUCUUCAACAUCUUGGGUUUUCUUCAGAAGCAGCUUCUCAUCAUGAUGAAGGGGAGAGCAAGCAAUCUAUAGAUGUUUCUGCAGACGGAAGAGACAAUACUAAAGGACCUGAUGAAAAAAAAUCAACUGCUUCCAGAAUUGGUUCCAAGCAAAAAGGGGAACAAGGUGCCAGGGAUGAUCUAUCUGUGAAUGAUUUGAUGAAAAUUGUAGCAGCGAAGGAUGAUGUUCUGAGUGCUAAAGACAAAGAAAUCAAAGCUAUGAAAGAUAAAGUUCUGAGUGCUUAUGCUGAAAUGGAGAAUGUCAUGGCCAGGACAAAACGGGAAGCAGAGAAUUCAAAAAAGUUUGCCGUACAGAAUUUCGCAAGGAGUUUAUUGGAUGUUGCAGAUAAUAUGGGUAGAGCUUCUUCAGUUGUAAAAGACAGUUUUGCAAAGAUCGACACAUCAAAAGACACUGUUGGAGCUGUGCCGCUCCUGAAAACACUGCUUGAAGGUGUUGAAAUGACAGAAAAACAGCUUACAGAGUUCCAGCAUGGAUAUAUGAAUGCUCAAACUUUGAAAGGUCUGAUCGUGUAUAGGGUCGUAAAUAUUCAAGUCAGUGGUACACAUAAAUUACAUGUGAAUGUGAGAGAGGUGUACUCAGGCAUAAUGCAGUAUUUCAAGUUCCAGAUCCUUCCAAGGCUCCAGAUACUGUUGCUGUUGUCUUAAAGUCUGGUUACGCUCUGCAUGAGCGAAUUAUUCGGCCUGCUGAAGUUGGUGUGACCGUAGCAAUUGACAGGAACGAAUGAAAUUACUUGAGGUGACAAGACUUUUGGAUGAUGUUGCCUGCUUGCACGAUUGUCAGAGAAAAUUAUAGUACUCAUUGCUACCAGGGGGAACAAAAUUUGUUAUGGUUAUGGUUAUUACUUUAAUAUGUACAGUGGGAAGUCAAGCCUUUGUAGCAUUAGCCAUUUUAUAUUCAAUUUAAAUGAGUUUCCCCCGAACAGUUUUUAAGAACUUGAUUUGAUGAAAGUUUGUUCUCGUUGCUUUAGAGGGAACAUCUGGGCUCUAUGCUUAGAGAGAUGGUUAUUAGAAUCACCUUGAUAGAAUUUUUAUCUUGCAUCUUUUAAAA